AUGGCUGGGGAAUUCGGUGACAACGAUGCUGGCUUUGAAUCGGUGAUUCGUGCCGAAGCGGCAGGCCAGCCCCGAGCUUCAGGCGCUUCCACAACCCAGUCAGCCUCUGAGCGAGCACCGCAAUCCAAAGUCCAACAGCCGAAGCCGCAGGCACUGGCGAGCAAGCCCGGUCCUUCUGGCAUUCUUGUAUCAACACGACAGAAAGGGAAUCCGAUUUUGAAUCACAUCAAGGUUUUGCCUUGGGAGUAUGCCGAUAUCCCGGCCGACUACGUUCUCGGAGCUACCACCUGUGCGCUCUUUCUAUCACUCAAAUACCAUCGACUACAUCCGGAGUACAUAUAUUCCCGAAUCAAAUUACUAGCGGGGAAAUACUUACUGCGAGUUCUUCUUAUUAUCGUCGACAUACCGAACCAUGAAGAAAGUCUGAAAGAACUAUCCAAGACAUCAAUCAUCAAUAACCUCACUCUGGUCCUCUGCUGGUCCGCCCCGGAAGCCGCACACUACCUAGAGCUCUUCAAAUCAAGCGAACACUCCCAACCAACGGCAAUCCGCACCCAACAAGCGCAAUCUUACAAAGACUCACUGGUGGAAUUUGUCACUGCGCCCCGGAGCAUUAACAAAUCAGACGCCGCCAGUCUUAUAUCUACAUUUGGCAGCUUACAAAACGCAAUCAACGCGCAGCCAGAGCAAAUCAGUGCUGUUCCCGGAUGGGGUGAGAAAAAGGUCAGGCAAUGGUGCAAUGCUGUGCGCGAGGACUUUAGAGUCGAGAAGACGAAGGGUGCCAGCGCUCCUACGCGGAGUGGAUUAGGGAGGGCUGGGCCGAGCGUGGGCGAUGGUGAUAUAACCAUGUCGAAUGCGACGGAUGCGCCUCGAGACGCCGAAGACGAAAAUAUAUUUGCGGAAGCGCAUGAGUCAACAAUACCCCGGCAGGAAGCUGAGAAAGAUGAAGAUGUCACCGAAGGAAUUGCCGCAGCAUUGGCAAAGCUCCGAGAGAAUGGCAGUUGA